UGUGUGUGUAGGUGCUUUUCCUUUUCAAAAAAUUAUUUUUGGGAUAGAUACCAAAUACUGCUAUUGGUUGGUCAGAGGUCAUGCCUGGUUUUAUAGUGCCAUGGGCACGGUUUCCAAAUUGUUCUACAGAUUGGUAAAUAACUUCAACUAUAUGCUAGUUUUUGUUGUUGUUGUUGUUUUAAAUUUUCCACAUAUACUCCAACAUUUUCUUUUCUGUCAUAUUAACCAAUAUUAUAGAAGUAGAGUGGUGGGUCAGAAUUGUUUUAUUUUGCAUUUCUUUAAUGAAUAGUUGCAAGAAUAUGGGAUUCUGCUGAGAGGGUGUACCGAGGUCACCUUGACCCUUGAUGCACAAUAAGUUUUCUGCCAUGUUGCAAAAACACCCUUGUUGAGCAAGGAGCAUUGAUUUGUGAUCAUGGGAACAAGUGUAAGCCGUGGAUCACAGCUAAAGGCCCCUGAGCAGGGAUGCCUGAACAGGGCCUCUCACCUGUGAGCAAGCUGCUGAAUUGCUGAAUUGGCUCGCCUCCCAUUGGCAGAUACUGUGCAUACGCCAUGCCCACGAGGUACUUCUCUGAAUGGUGAUUGGGGAUUGUCUAUUGUCCAUGUAUUGAUCACUCUUGCAAAAAUGCAUAUCAACAAGACUGUAUGGCAUAAUAAACUGGAGCUCUUUUCACACCCUAUUAAGUCCCCUGCCCCAUUCAUCUCACCUCUGAGAUCAAAAGAUUCAUAUGUCAUGCUCUUAAAAGCUGGCCACAACAACUGGUUCCUGGGGAACAGGGACAAGAAACCUGGAAGGGUGCCAGAGUGACCACUUCGUGGUCAAGCACUGCUACUUACUCAAGACAACCUCUAAGAGGACUCCAGAGGAGGAAGAGCCUUCAGAGCUGCACUGUUUCCAGACCAGGCAGAGUGAGGCAGAAAGCAGUUAAGUAACCUAAUGGAGCAGAAAAUAAGCACCCUACUCCCUUCAGACAGGGAAGCAUAUGUCAGGACUAUAUAUAAAUGUUUAAAAGAUCAGGAGUGCACAAUUCAAUUAAGAGAUAUUAGGAAAUUCCUGGACAUUGCUUACAAACUUUCUCCAUGAUUACCUGAGGAGGGCUAUUAUAAUUGUGAUAGAUGGAUUGUUUUGGGUGAACAGCUCACUGCUUUUGAUAAACAGUGCUCAGGAAAAAUAUAAAAUAAUCUCAUUAAACCAAGUCUGAAAACAGAACCAGAAAAGGAGGUCAGGAAAUUUACAGUUGGAGCACAGACAGGCCCAUGUCUUAGCACUAAAUGUCUCUCUCCUGAGCCUGAGGAGGAUGAUAAUAAAUGGCCUCCCCUGCCUCCAUCACCUUUGUCCCCACCUUUUCCAGAACUACAGUCUUUCAAAGGCUCUCCUAAUGUAAAAAAUGAAAUAAGAACUGAGGAAAAGCAGGAUCAGAAAUAUAAAACAAAGACCAUAGCAACACUUAGUGGACACAAAGCAAAAGAUAGUCUGUUAUAUUUUUUACCUUCACUUCAAAAAGUUUUGCAGCUAGCUAGAGAUCAAGGAAAAGACACAGAGGAGUGGGAAGAAUUAUAUCCUGUUGUAGAGGAGGAUGACCCUUUUAACCCAGGGCAGAGAAGAUGCAAACAUGAGCCACUUUGCUUUAAAAUUCUAACCCAGCUUAAGGACUCAGUUCAUAUGUUACAAAUUUUGUAUCCCAAUCAUUGGAAAGUAUUUGCAUGGGCAGUGUUGAUUCCAGGCCAGGCAGUGUAGAACAGACUCAGUUGACUGCCACUCAGGCUGCUCUGGGAACAAACAUGAAGUUAUAUUUUGAACAACUUAGCAGCACUGGGGCCCCAAAACCAAUCUGGGGAAUGACAGCUCAAGGAGGGACAGAUAUAAAUCAGGAAUGGAGGAACAGGUAUGCAGUUUUAGAUGCCAAGGGACACUCACAGUAAUAAAAAUUAGGAGCAAUGAUUAUUACCGCCUACCCCCCAUGCUAUUUGUGAAGUGCCCAUUUACCAGUAUCAAAGAGGAAAACAACUAAAAAUCCUUGUUAUAAAUCCUCCACUGCCCCAGGAUUCAUUAGCUAUCCCAAUCAUACAAAUAUAUGAAGAAGUGCUUGUGUCUGUAACUAUGAUUAACACUGACAAUAUUGAAACAUAUCUUAACAAGGGACAAUGUAUAGCUCAAGGGAUUGUCAUUCCAUCUGAACUUACAGUUAAAACAGAAGACAAUAAUUAUUAAUUAGCCAAGAAAUAAAUACCAGUUCUACACUAAAGCCGGUCUGGGAGAGAAAUAUGCAUUUAUGUGGGGAGACUGUAACUGUUACCAAAAGAAACAGUAGAUUUGAUGUUACUUGUUGGAAUUGUAUACUGAAAUUGAAAAUCAGACUGUAUUUGUGAUCAAUAGAGCUCAUGUAUCAGUGCUUCCUGUCAAAAGUGAGAAACUGACCUUAAUCCCAUUAGAAAAAAGAGAAGUAUCAUUGGAAAUAGGAGCACAAGUAGAGUUAUUGAAACUUCAGGCUCAAUUACAAUGUGAAUCCAGAUAAAACUGCUGAAAAAAUCAAACAGUUUGAUAAUACCUUUUCAUGGUGGUUAAAAUUAGAAUCAUGGAUUACCCUGUGUGUUGUUAUGUUAUUAUUGUUUUGUGGUUGCCCUGUAAUAUUAGGAUGCUUUUAUAGAUCUUUCUCUACCAUCCUUUCAGAAGUUGCAGCUCAAGAAAGGACUUUUUAUCUAAAAGAUAAAAAAGGAGAAUUACAAGAAUAUGGGAUUCUGCUGAGAGCUCCCCCAGUAGUACUGAGGCCACUUCAACCCUUGGUGUACAAAGUGGCAACGGUAUGUUGUAAUUGCAGAAUUCUUCUUGAUGUUAGUGGCUUUACUUCAGAGGACAUUUUUGAAGAAUAUAUGAAGUUCAGUAGUAACUCUACUGCUGUACUGGCUGCCAUAGUUUUUAACCAUGACUUCACUGAUGGCAAAGAUACUCUACCUCUUCAGGUUAGCUACUCUCUACGUUUCAGUAACAAUGCAAGAAAUAUCUGGUACUUUUGGAAGAAUAUGGUGGUUCAUGAUGAGUUAGCAGUUUGGCACACAGAUCUUCUCUUUCCAGUUUUUCCUGAGGCAGGACCUAGAAAUUCUGAUUCUGAUGAUGGAGGAGAACCUGGAUAUUUUGCUGAAGGGUUCCUGACGAUACAGCAUGCUAUUAAUAAAGCUAUAAUGCGAUACCAUGCAAAAAAUACUGCAAGAGAUUUGUUUAAUAUCACCUCUGUUUUUAUAAGGAGGUUUCCUUUCCCAGUUUCUUCUGCUGAUAAUUUCUAUCCUAUUUUCAUCUUUUUUCUUCCUUUAACAAUUAUAUUAGUUUUCUCCGUGAUCGUAUUCAAUAUGAUCCGUUUUGUCAUGUUGGAAAAGGAAAGUAUGCUGAAGGAAUACCUCUGCAUAAUGGGAAUGAGCAAUCUGAUGCUCUGGAGUUCCUAUUUCUUCACAUAUUUCUUGUUUUUUCUUUUUAUCAUCAUUGUGCUGACUCUGAUACUGCUAGCCAAGAUUGUAUACCUGCCAAUAAUCAUCUACAGUGAAGGAUCUUUGGUGUUUUUCUUUCUGAUGUGCUCUGCCAUUGUUUCCAUAUUCUUCAGCUUCAUGAUCAGCACAUUCUUCAACAAAACCACUACAGCUGUUGCUUUAGGAGGUUUCCUCUACUUCCUUACCUACCUCCCAUAUUCUUUCAUUCAUUCUUACUACAAAGUGAUGAGUCUCAAUAAGAAGCUACUUUCCUGUCUUUUUUCGAAUGUUGCAAUACUCUUGGGUAUUCAGAUUCUAAUUUCCUCAGAAAUUACAGAAAAUGGGAUUAGUUGGACAAAACUUACACAGCCAGUCACCAGAAAUGAAAAUUUAACCUUUGGACAUAUCCUUGGAAUGCUAAUAUUUGAUUCUUUUCUCUAUGCCGUGGUGACUUGGUAUAUACAAGCAGUUUUUCCAGGAAAUUUAGGAAUACCCCAGCCCUGGAACUUCUUCUUGAUGAAAUCCUACUGGUAUGGGACUUCAGCAGCUACUGUAGAUAAAAACACAGAAACUUACAUCACUUUUGAAAAUCCAUACAUUGAAGAGGAACCUGUAGGUUUGGAGGUUGGGAUUCAAAUACAAAAUCUCUCUAAGGUGUUCAUUACAAACAAUAUUAAGAAAUAUGCAGUAAAUGAUCUGACACUGAAUUUUUAUAAGGGACAAAUCACUGUCCUUCUAGGACAUAAUGGAGCAGGGAAAACUACCAUCCUUUCAAUGCUCACAGGUAUGUUGCCUCCAACAAGUGGAGAGGCAUAUAUCUGUGGGUAUGAGAUCUCCAAGUCCAUUGUUCAGGUCCGGGAGAGCAUGAGUUUUUGUCCCCAGUAUGAUAUCUUAUUUCAUUACAUGACAGUAGCUGAACACCUUUAUUUGUAUGGUCAGUUGAAAGGACUGACUCGGAAGGAAUGCCGUAAAGAAAUUAAACAGACUUUGAAAUUUUUCGACCUGGAAGAAAAGCAUGAUGACUAUCCAAAAUCCCUGACAGCAGGCAUGAAGCGAAAACUCAGCUUAUGCAUUACACUCUUAGGAGGCUCCAAGGUAAUCAUUCUGGAUGAGCCAACGUCUAGGAUGGAUCCCAUCACUCAAAACAAUACCUGGGAACUUCUUCAGCAAUAUAAACAGGGCCACACCAUUGUGCUGACUACACACAAUAUGGAGGAAGCAGAUGUGCUGGGUGACCGCAUUGCUAUCAUGGCCAAGGGGGAACUGCAGUGCUGUGGCUCUUCAUUCUUCCUCAAACACAAAUAUGGUGCUGGAUACCACAUGAUCAUAGUAAAGGAGUUUAAAUGUGACACAGAGAAGAUCUUCCAAGUUGUUCAGCAAUAUGUACCAGAAGCCAAUUUGGAGAACAACUUUGGAACUGAAUUAUCUUUUAGCCUACCUAAAGAAAGUACAUACAGGUUUGUAGCUUUGUUUAAUGAAAUAGAAACCAGACAAAAAGAACUAGGCAUUACCACCUUUGGAGUUUCUGUCACAACUAUGGAAGAAGUCUUCUUUAGGGUUGAUAAAAUGGCGGCUUCCGGUGUGGAUCUUCAAAACAUCCAAUUUUCUUCUCUGUGGAUGCAGCAAGAGGAAAUAACCAAAAAGUCAUUGCUUUCCAAAAAGAAAGCCAUUUGGAGAAGGCAACGAUCUAGUACUUUUAUGGACAUUAAUGCUGAGAAUCCCUUUCCUUUUAUGUAUAACACUGGGUGGAAGCUCUACUGCCAGCAGUUCUAUGCCAUGUUCAACAAAAAAGCUUUACACUGUUGGCGCAAUUGGAAGAUGACAUUGAUACACAUUUUGGCACCUCUGCUAUUCAGUUUCUUAUUGCUAAAAAGCUUUAAUUCUUUAAUUAGUCAACAAAACCCACCCUUGAAAUUGGAUUUGAGUUUAUAUGGCAAAACAAUUGUCCCUUUUUCUGUCUCUGGAAAUAUGUCUCUGAUUAAUAAUAUCUCAGAAUCCUUGUAUAUUAUACUAAAGAAUAUGGGACAACAGCCCCAACUGGUGACAGGUGAAAUGGAAGGUUUCCUGCUUGAAAGUAAAACUUGUGUUGAGCACUGCAUUAUUGCAAUUUCUCUGGAAGUCACUAACUCCACUCUGAUGGCAACGGCUCUGUUCAACAACCAGGCGUACCACUCUGCUGGAAUAGCAGUUUCAGUUUUGGAUAACAUUCUGUUUAGGAUGCUUUCUGGCCCCGACACUUCGAUCAUAGUCUCCAAUAAGCCUCAGCCCGUCAGCAUGUUCACUACUGAGAAAGAUGUCAUUCUUGAAACUUCUAAUGGACAUGAAAUUGCCUUUAGUCUGUCCUUUGGCCUGGCAGCCUUGGCCAGUAGGUUUUCUCUCCAGGCUGUGAAAGAGAGAGUAAAGAAAAUGAAGCACAUGCAGUUUGUGACCGGUGUGUGCAUCAUCAUUUUCUGGGUGUCUGCCCUGAUAUGGGAUCUCUUCAUCUUCUUCAUUCCUUGUUUACUGUUUCUGGUGGUGUUCAAAGCCUGUCAAAUAGAAACUCUCUACAAUAACUUUAUGGAUGCCCUGAUGAUCUUCAUGUUAUAUGGAUGGUGCACCAUUCCCCUCAUGUACCUCAUGGGCUUUUUCUAUUAUCGAGCUUCUACAGCCUAUACCAAGCUUUUCAUGUUUAACUUCUUUUCAGGAUGGGCCAGUUUCCUAUUUGUCUACCUUGUAGAAAUUAAAGCGUUAUAUUUAGCUCAAUAUGCUGAAAUUGUGAGUGAUAUCUUCAUAGUACUUCCUAGUUACAACUUGGUGAUGGCUGUGAGUGGAUUUUAUGAAUUUGUCAGGAACAAGCAGCUUUGUGAUUUGCUUACCACAGAAACAGAUGAUUGUCUUCUUUAUGGUUCUUACUUCUACAAAAUAAGCAAUAAAGGGAUCGGGAAAUUUUUGAUUGCCAUGGCUGUUUUAGGUUUCAUUUUCCUCCUUAUGCUUUUUUUAAUUGAGAUAUACUCCUGGGAACUAAAAAGCUGUUUUAAUCGUUUACUUCUCAAGAUCUACCACAUGUGGAAUUGGAAUUUGAAGAUUAACUCUGAUCCAGUAACAUUUCCUGAAGAUGAAGAUGUGGUAAAGGAGAGAGAGAAAGUCCUGGAGUGCCCUAAAAAUAUGAUAUCAUCUUUGAACAGCCUGCUAGUUAUUAGGAAACUCACAAAGGUAUAUUUCAAACAAGUUCCUUUUAUAGCUGUGGACAAACUCACUCUAACAGUCCAGAAGGGAGAAUGCUUAGGGCUUCUGGGUUUCAGUGGUGCAGGGAAAACCACUACCUUCAAAAUGUUGACUGGAGAUGAGACUAUCACCUCUGGGGAUGCCUUUUUUGAAAAUCACAGCCUCUGCUGGAACAUUAGAGAGGUGAGAAAGAUAAUUGGCUACUGUCCACAGUAUAAUGCUCUCCUGGACUAUAUGACGGGGAGGGAAAUAGCAAUGAUGUUUGCUCGGCUCCGAGGAAUCCCUGAGCCUUAUAUCCAACAGUAUGUGGAGCAUAUUCUUCAGGCACUGCUAAUAGAGAGGCAUUCAGACAAGCUCAUAAGCACCUAUAGUGGUGGCACUAAGCAGAAAAUGAAUAAUGCUAUUGCCUUUCUUGGAUUUCCACCAAUCAUCUUUCUGGAUGAACCAAGCACUGGCAUGGAUCCUGUGGCCCGACAUUUACUCUGGGACUUGAUAACAUGCAUCCGUGAAUCUGGGAAGGCCAUUGUCCUAAGCUCUCAUAGCAUAGAGGAAUGUGAAGUGCUAUGCACUAAACUAGCCAUCAUGGCGAAAGGGAAGCUCCAGUGUUUCGGCAGUCCUCAGUACCUCAAGAACAAGUUCAGCAAGGGUUAUACCCUAGUGGCCACGAUCAAGAAGGAUAGUAAAGAUACUGACCUGGAACAUUUCAAGGAAUCCGUCAAGGUGAUCUUCCCAGGCAGCAAAUUGGUACAAGAGCACCAAAGAAUGGUCCGGUACCUCAUUCCUAGUGAGAUUCUCAGCUGGUCAAAGGUGUUUGGUAUACUGGAGGAAAUCAAAGACGACUACAAUUUGGAGGAUUAUACCAUCAGUCAGACUACAUUGGAGCAAGUCUUCAUGAGCUUUGCUAAUACAAAAGAAGAAGAAGAAGAAACAAUAGAAUGAAAGAAUAAAAGCAAAAGUAAAAAAAAAAGUUGUACUCCCAGCCCUCACCACAUGAAUAGCUGCUGCUUGUAUUUGGUGUAUUGAUAGAAAAUAAUUCAACAUUUCUAUUUUGUUGUUUAAAUGCAAUAAAGAAUUUAUUUUCUGUUUUGAAGAUUAA